AAAGGCAAGCGUCCCCUUGCCAAGUCUAAGUCUAAAGGCAAGGGUAAACAGAAGAAAACGUUGAAAGCAAAGGGAAAGUCUAAAGCAAUGAACAUCACGGAUGAUGUCGACCCCGACGAGGACGCGGACUUCAAUAUGUCCGAGGCCGACGACGAAGAAGAGACUGUCAUUCGGAGACAUUUCGAAGGAACCGGGGAAGAAUAUGAACAGCGUUUGGCGCAAGAGAAGCUUCAGCGAGCCAUCAAGAAGGAAGAGCGGGAACUCAAGGCCAAAUUGAAACGAAAGCUCACCAACGGCGAGCGCAACUACAUUCGUCUCACAAAGCAUCAUCCUGACUUGAUCGGUAUUUGGGGGAACAUCGAGGCCAACCUGGAACCGGUCAAACCGGUCGCAAUGGAGGCUCAUCCGUCACUCAAGCUUACAUUGCUCCCAUUCCAGAAGGAAAGUUUGUGUUGGAUGAAGAAGCAAGAAGAGGGACCUUGGAAAGGCGGGAUGUUGGCCGAUGAGAUGGGUAUGGGCAAGACCAUUCAAACGAUUGCAUUGUUACUGUCCGAACCACGGAGAAAGCCUAGUCUCGUCGUCGCUCCCGUGGUGGCUCUCAUGCAGUGGAAACAUGAGAUUGAGACCCACGCAGAGGGAUUUUCUGUCACUUUGUGGCAUGGCUCAGGUAGGAUAAAGGCUGCCGAGCUGAAGAAAUUCGAUGUGGUUCUUGUGUCUUACGGAACUCUCGAGGCCUCUUUCCGUCGCCAGCAGCGAGGAUUCAAGAAGAAUAACCUUCUCAUCAAGGAGAAAAGUCCAAUGCACGAAUUUGAAUGGCAUCGUGUGAUACUGGAUGAAGCGCAUAACAUCAAAGAACGAUCAACCAAUGCUGCAAAAGCUGCUUUUGCCCUUCAAGCCAAGUAUAGAUGGUGUCUCUCCGGGACACCGUUGCAAAAUAGGGUCGGGGAGCUUUACUCUUUGGUCAGGUUCCUAGGUGCCGAACCAUUCAGUAAUUACUUCUGUAAGAAGUGUGAUUGUAAAUCUCUGCAUUGGCAGUUUUCCGACAGGAGACACUGCGACGAUUGCGGUCAUAAGCCUAUGGACCAUGUUUGUUUCUGGAACACCGAGAUUCUCACUCCGAUCGCCCGAUACGGUAUUGAAGCUGGUAAUCCAGGACAUACGGCUUUCAAAAAGCUCAAAAUACUUCUUGAUCGUAUGAUGUUACGUCGUACCAAGCUCGAACGCGCCGACGAUCUUGGUCUUCCUCCGCGUACGAUUGUCGUUCGACGAGAUUACUUCUCUCCUGCUGAAAAGGAGCUUUAUGCCAGUCUUUUCACCAAUGCCAGACGACAAUUUUCGACAUACGUAGAUUCCGGUACUGUUCUGAAUAAUUACUCCAACAUUUUCUCCCUCAUUACCAGAAUGCGUCAAAUGGCUUGUCACCCUGAUCUGGUGCUCAGAAACAAAAAGGCUGGAGCUGCUCAUGAUGCUACAGAGGGUACGGUGUGCAGACUUUGCAACGACACGGCCGAAGACGCUAUCGUUUCCGCUUGUAAACACGUGUUCGACCGGGAAUGUAUCAGACAAUAUCUUGAGAUCCAGCAGCUUCGAGGACGACGUCCGGAAUGUCCAGUAUGUCACAUCGAAAUUUCCAUUGACCUGGAAGCGGAGGCAAUCGACUUGAGCGAAGGCACUACCAAGGCCAGGCAAGGUAUCCUCAGUCGAUUGAACCUCGGUAAUUGGCGGUCUUCUAGCAAACUCGAAGCCCUGGUCGAGGAACUGGAGAAACUUCGAGGCCAAGACUGCACUAUCAAAUCUCUUGUUUUCUCGCAAUUUGUUUCUUUCCUCGAUCUGAUCGCUUUCCGUCUUCAGCGAGCCGGCUUCAACAUUUGUCGACUGGAAGGUGGUAUGACCCCUCAACAAAGGGAUGCUACCAUUCAACAUUUUAUGAACAAUCCUCAAGUCACAGUGUUCCUCAUAUCCCUCAAAGCGGGUGGCGUGGCCUUGAACUUGACUGAAGCAUCCAUGGUGUUCAUGAUGGAUUCAUGGUGGAAUCCUUCGGUCGAGUAUCAAGCCAUGGACCGCAUUCAUCGUCUGGGUCAACGACGACCUGUCAAAGUUAUUAAACUCGUAAUCGAAGAUAGCAUAGAGGAUCAGAUUGUUCAAUUGCAGCAUAAGAAAUUAGCUAUGACUGAAGCUGCUUUGUCUACGGAUCCGGAUUCCGCCCUGGGUAAAUUGACCGAAGAGGAUCUCGGAUUCCUCUUCAAGAUGUAAAUCUAUCAGUCAAAGACCGACACCAAGUAUAUUUAUCUCAUGUUUGAAUAUGAAACGAUACAUUAUGUAUCUGUUGACCCUCAUGUAUCUCAUGUCAUGUC